AUGGCAGCUCCUCUCCAGUUCGCGACGUUUACGUCGGAGAUUGAGCUGCCCUUCUACUCGGCGCUUUUUGCGUCCAAGCUCGACUAUGACAAGCUGGACGACUCGGCGCGCAACGUGCUGGGCCUGUACGAGCCUCGCGUCGAGCAGCCGGAGGCCAGCUGCCGCAUGCAGAUUCUUGGGAACGCCCUCACGAGCCAGCACUCACCUCUUGGAUCCGCGCGCGGCGAGGGCAUCAUCAAGAAUGUGAACACGCUCGAGGGCUUCAAGAACAUGGACAAGGCCGCCAUGCUCAAGACGGCUGGACGACAGAUUUGGGACGCCAUCAACGAUGGCACCAUCUACUCGGUCCCCUCGCUUCUCUCUUCGUUUGUCAUCCUCUCGUACGCGGAUCUCAAAAAGUACAAGUUCACGUACUGGUUCGCCUUCCCUGCGCUGCACUCGGAUCCCCAGUGGAAACGGUCUGGCCCCAGUGAGCGCUUCAGCGCGGAUGAGAGCACCGCGCUCGUCGACAGAGUGGGGACGUGGCGGUACAGCGUCGACAGCCGCGAGCAUGGAUUUUUUCUUGCCAAGAAGGUGCGUGGCCAGGCGGGUGACACCGACGAUAGCGAGGCGGGACAGAAACUCGACUUCAAGUGGGAGGUGGCAUCACUGCGCCGAUUUGAAGAGGGAUUCUUCAAGAACGUCGCCGAGGAAGACCAGUACGUCGCUUUUGUCGAUCCGUCAACAUAUCCCGAAGGCCCCGGCUGGCCGCUGCGAAAUCUCCUGGUCCUCAUACGGCAACGCUUCCACCUCUCCAAGGUCAAAAUUCUGUGUUACAGAGACACGUGGGCGAAGAGGCACGAAGCGCGCAGCGUCGUCUUACCUAUCCAGAUGGAGGCUGUCGACACCAUGGAGCUUGACGAGAUGCCUAAAGUCACAGGAUGGGAGAGGUCCAAGAACGGGAAGCUUCAGGCCCAGCAAGUGAACCUCGGGGAGUACAUGGACCCGGCGCGACUGGCCGAUUCUUCCGUCGAUUUGAAUCUCAAACUGAUGAAGUGGCGGCUCGCUCCUGAGCUCGAUCUCGAGGGCAUCAAAAACACAAAGUGCCUCUUGCUUGGAGCAGGCACUCUGGGAGGUUAUGUUUCGAGAAACCUACUUGGCUGGGGUGUCCGAAAGAUUACGUUUGUCGACUACGGACGGGUCUCCUUUUCCAACCCGGUGCGACAGCCGCUCUUCGAAUUCGAGGACUGCACCGACGGCGGCAAGCCCAAGGCGGCUCAAGCGGCAGCUAUGCUGGAGAGAAUCUACCCAGGGGUGGAAACGGAAGGACACUCGUUGUCAGUACCCAUGCUUGGUCACCCGUUUACAGACGAAGCCAAGACCAAGGCCGACUUGGAGAAGCUCGAGGGCUUGAUCCAAGAGCACGAUGUGAUCUUCUUGCUCAUGGAUAGUCGCGAGUCGCGAUGGCUGCCGACAGUCAUUGGAAAGGCAACGGGAAAGAUUGUGAUGAAUGCGGCGCUGGGGUUCGACUCAUACGUGGUGAUGCGACAUGGAUCCGAAGCCAAGGAAGGCGAGCCGUCGUUAGGCUGCUACUUUUGCAACGACGUCGUAGCUCCGGCUGAUUCGAUGAAGGAUCAGACACUCGACCAGCAAUGUACGGUGACUCGACCAGGAGUCGCAGCCAUUGCUUCGGCCCUCCUCGUGGAGCUCCUGACCAGCCUCUUACAACACCCACUGCGGCAGGACGCUCCGGCGCCGCAGAUCAGCCACGGCGCGAUUCCCGAGCGAGACCCCCCGGAACACCCCCUCGGCCUCGUGCCCCAUCAGAUUCGGGGUUUCGUGUCUACGUUUCAGAAUAUGGUGAUCCGCGGACAGUCGUACGACAGCUGCAGCGCCUGCAGCCCCAAAGUCCUGGACGCUUACCGCCAGGACGGAUGGAGCUUCGUGAGGCGCGCUCUCCAGGAGAAGGACUACGUCGCCGAGCUGUCGGGCUUAGCCGAGGUGCAGCGACGUGCAGAGGAGAUGGCGGCGAAUGUGGACUGGGAGGAAGAUGACGAGGUGGUGGAGGAGGGCGAGGGCGAGUUGAUCUGA